AUGGCCUUUCAUGAUAUCCAUAUUUUCGUUCUCGCAAAUGCUGUUUGUGGUAAAAGUGGCAACAAUUUAGUGCCAAACACGGGAUACGAGAACACAUAUGCAGAAUCUCCAGGUGUGGGCGUCAACAACAGCUCCGGGUCUUUCACUUCGUAUGGAUCGCAACCAACCCUACGGACCAUCUCCUUGGCCUUCGCCAACCCGUCGACAGUACCCAAAACCGGCCGAUCCUUAUUGAACAUAAGGACACCGCUCUGUAUAAUAGCCCUCUUAAAUAGGUCUUUACUUAACGGUGACAACAGGUGUGCGGACACAGACCACUUGCCGGCACUCGCGCCAAAUAUACCCGCAUUUCCGGGCGCAGUUUUGUCGGCGCCUUAUAGAAAGCCCAACUCUCACAACCGGGCCCCGCCGUGUAUCCAAAACGUCACCGGUUUUAAUGGUUCACUCUGUACUCCCGACCCGAAACAGGUGUCCAUAUGUUUAACGUCAGGCAGUUUUGUGUACUUCAAAGCGCCCAUCAGUUCUACCCUGUGUGAUGCUGUUGUAUUGGAGAUCAAUGAGUCUCAUAGAGCCAGUAGAGAUCGUGUUAUCAAAAUGCCCAAGCACCCAAAGAGAUUGUACGAAAUGGUGAUAUCUGGAAAUAUCGCGCCUGGUCAAUUAUUGGCUAUUAUGGGACCUAGUGGUGCUGGCAAAACGACCCUGCUCAAUGCACUCACCGGUAGAAAUAUGGGCAAAAUGUCGGUCACCGGAGAAGUGCUGAUAAACGGACGGCCGGUAAACGGGCGGACUCUGGCCUCCAUCUCGUCGUAUAUCCAACAAAACGAUUUGUUUCAUCCAUUGCUUACCGUUAGAGAGCAUCUCAUGAUUAAUGCUACUUUGCGACUGGCUGGAACUUUGUCUCAUGCUGAGAAAAAUGAAUUGGUUCAAAAUAUUUUAAUUAAGUACAAGUUAAACUUGGUCAAUUGUUCGGAGAGCAGAAUUGGAAGUGAUAUGACAUUUAAAGGCAUUUCUGGGGGAGAAAUGAAACGCUUAUCAAUCGCAUCAGAGAUUUUAACAAAUCCUUCGUUAAUCGAUGAGCCGACGAGUGGUUUGGACUCAUUUCUGGCCGAAAGUAUUGUCCGGCUAUUGAAGGCUAUGGCCUGUGAGGGCCGGACUAUAGUCUGUACUAUACAUCAGCCGUCGUCUCAAGUGUUCGCACUUUUCGACCACUUAUUACUGAUGACCGACGGAAGGGUUGCUUUCAUGGGAACCAAUGGUGAAGUAAAGAACUUUUUUACAUCACACGGUUAUGUAAGUGUGAUCAAAGCUACAGAUACCUCCGCCUUACAGGUGUUCACAUACAACGUACAUACCAAAUUGUGCGAUAAAUUCCUAGACUCUGAAUAUAACGCCACCUUAUUGUCAGACAUUAAUAAGACAAAAAUGGACAUGAUAUUCUGCGAUGAAAUAGCGAUCUUCUUACGCGAACACAAUAAUCAUAUGUAUUCAGUGUCGGCAUACUAUUUGUCGCACAUAUUUAUCAGGGCAAAUACCUGUUUCGAUUGUACUUUCCAUGAUUUCAAUAUCAAUUAUCAGCGUUUGCCCUACAGUUAUGACAUUUUAUACGGCUGUUUUAUAUCAUCCAUCGUGCCCAAUCUGCAAAUGUCCAUGAUUGUCAUGCCACCUAUGCUAUUAAUACAGACUCUAUUUGGUGGAUUAUUCCUUAAUUCCGGUGAAAUACAAGGAUGGCUAAUUUGGUUAAAAUAUUUGACCAUGUCUCAUUAUGGUUACGAAGCUCUAAUGAUCAGCCAAUGGCGAACAGUUGACUAUAUACCAUGCUACAAUAAUAGCGAAUCGGUGGGACAUUGUUAUGGCAACGGUUCAAAUGUGAUCACUUCGCAGGGUUUCCACGAGGAUAAUAUUCACUGGGAUUCAAUAGCUUUAAUAGUGUUGGCAAUUUACUCUGUAAAAUGUGUCGGCCGGGGCUCCGAACCACUGCCCGAAUACAAUUUCCACAAUCACUCGCGUUAUCUUCAUAUAUACGGCUAUCCCCUGGAGUUGGACUAUCAGGACAUCCGGCCGUUGGGCGCAAAUUAUAUCCGCUUUGAUAAUUAUUUACGCGCCGAAAAGCACCUGCCAUUCGCUGUGCCGCCAGAGUUGGCCGCAAAGCCCGGAGCGUUGGUCUACUUCUCUAUGGGAACUCUCGUUUCGAUUGACGCGCAAAACAUGCGCCGAUUGGUCGCCAUUUUGGCCAAAUCUCCGCACCGUUUCAUCGUAUCGAUGGGUCCGUCGCAUACGGAGUACACACUGGCCAACAAUAUGUGGGGCGCGGCGUCCGUACCGCAGCUCCGGGUUCUACCGCUCGUGGAUCUGAUGCUAACACACGGCGGCAAUAAUACGGUCACCGAAACCAUGUUCUUUGGGAAACCGAUGAUAGUUAUGCCUCGCAUUCACGACAAGGGCUUUGGUCUACGACUGGACGCAUACAAGUGCUCGGAGGAGGAGCUGUUGGCGGCGAUCGAUACUCUGCUCAACGAUAAGGCGAUGUCUGAACGCUUGGCCGAAGUCCUCCCGAAUAAUACAAUCGGAUAA